CCUUACCGUGACAGCCCGACUACAGACAGCGUCAAGAAAGGAAAGAAUUAAAGCUAUACAACUAAAAUCUUAUUAGAAUUGGGAAAUUUAAUGGAUAAAUCAAAGUUCUGUUAUUAGUUGUGGUUUCUAUUAUUAUUGUAAAUUUGAGCAAAGUUACAAUUAUCAUUCUGUUAUUUGUUUGCUUAUUUUCUUCUAAGGAUUCCCAAAAGAGGACAUACUUAGACAUCUACAAGAUGGAUUUAGCGGAAACGAUGAAGAGUGUAUUAGCGAAGAGUUCGGGUGGAUCCAGUGGGGCGCCAAGUACAUCAUCGACAACGGCGACAACGCACGGUGCUGAGGGCUAUGUUACUGAAAAAUUAUACAUGUUGUUGCAACUCUACCUACAGAACAAAGGUUGGAGUCCUAGCAUCGAAUUACUGCAAUGUUUCAGUGACCUUAAGGAGUCAUCCAUGUUACCAAGUGCAGCUUAUUUACAAAUGAUGGCAUCAAGGGUUGGCUUAGACACGCAGGGUAGACUGAUUCUUCGUGAGAACGGAAAGAUAAUUCUCCCAUAUGAGCAUUUUGCUAAUGCUGUAAUGCUAAAGCACAUGAACGGUCCACAUGGGUUGCAUUUAGGUCUUGAAGCAACAGUCAGAGCAGUUGUAGAGUCAUAUACUAUAGGAAGAGAGCAAUUUGGUAUGGAGAAGGAAUUCAUUGUUGAAGUUGUGCAGAACUGCCCUAACCCAGCAUGUAGAUAUUACAAGAACCAAUUAGAAAUGACGCAGAAGUCUAUACAGCAACAUUUAUCACAGCAGCCCACUUAUAUUCCUGAUUCAGGAUCAUCUAACUUAUCAGAGAGUCAGGCAGUAGAGCGGUUGUUGCGUGGAAGCGCACUCGCGCAGGACUACCAACUACCGCUCGCGCCGCAUCUCGCCGCUCUCACCAACCUAACAGCUGAAAAAAGUGAUCGUCGUGCUCAGGAGAAGUUAUCACAGCAUCAGCAAAUGUUACUCCAGCAUCAGAAUAGAAACCUUGGCCAUCAGUCAUCCAUCGACAAAUACACUCAUUCACAGCAGCGUUCUUCAAGCUCCUCGCAAUCGGGUCUCGACUCCAAGUCUAAGCAUCAUUAUACUGAUGAACACAAACUCACUGAUUUCUUGAGAGCAAAUUUAGAGACGUUAGAGUCUCUGUCUGGCGGCAGCGGAGCGGGCGCGAGUGUCGGUGCGGCGGUGGGUGCGGGGGCGGGGUCUGGGGCGGGGGCCGGUGCGGGGGGCCAGGAGCGGGUGGUGCGCGCCUUCGCCGAGCUCGCACGCAACCUGCAGCGCAUGCGGCCCUGUGUAAGACCCGCCAUGUGCAAGCCCUACGGGAAACAGAGUGAGCAGCUACAGAAAAUACUGUUAGACACUAUUCAGUUGGUGCAGUCGCUGCGUAGUUAUUUGCCGCCGCCACACAUUCAAGUUACAUCGUGGAAGAAUGACGACAAAUUGCGCUCUAACAAUAUGGACGAACUGGAGAGCCGUAAGAUAGUUAGCGGCAACUAGCGUACGGACGCGACCGUCGCCGACGGUUGAAUGCUACGGUGACGUCACAACUCACGCACACGUUAAAUACUCUCAUAAUAGUACGACAUUAGAGGCAUAAGGUCGGAUAUCCUUGGGUAUUUUUAAACUGAACAUUUCAAGUGUAAAUUUUUAAUGUAUCACAGAUUUGUGACCAUUUUCAAGUACAUUAUGAUUUUCGUAAUUUUUUAAUUUAGGUGAUCGACAAAUGAAGUCAAGAGUCUUGGAAAAAUGUACAAACAUAUUAUAUAAAAAUGUUUUUUUCCAAUAAAUAUGACCUUAUGUCUCUUAAGUCACGCAUACGCACAUUCUUCAAUAUCGUAUGUAAUUAUUUUUAAAUUAUCACAUGACACGUAAGGAUGGUUCAAUAAAAAAAAAACACAGUAUCAUACUACUUUAGGAAUCGGUUUCAUACUACCGUCAGUGGAACAUGCAAAUGGUAAUAUUAAAUUUUGGUCAUUUAAAACUUUUUUACAGUUCUAUAGAAGUUUAUAGUGUGAAUGAAACCAAUAGUAAUGUUCUAUAAUGAUUUAACUUUUAAAUACUGCAUUCAACUACGUCAUUUACCUAAUUUCAGUUAAAAAAAACAUAAUGUAAAAAAAUGACUAAUAAAACACAGCAAACAUAUUUUCUUUAGAUGUAUUUUCACUUUUCGUAUGCACUAUUCGUUAGGGGGGGGGGGGGUAGCAAUCGAAAUCAUUUCAAUCUGGCACAUAAUUUUAGAAUUUAUAAUUAAUCACUUUGUUCAACGCGUUUAUUCAUCGUUUAUAUUGCGAAUAUGUCCUGCUUUAUAUGUUUAUAAAUGAUUAUUAUGUGUUACGGUUUCGUGUUAGUUAUUUUCGGUACAUAGUGUAAGGGAACAAGUGCCUUUUCACUACCUCAACAUAAACGGGGAGGUUGAUUUAUUAAUCCGAGCAUCGUUUUGGCUUCUGUCAUUUGUUGAGAUAAUUGUGUCGCUGUUAAUGCGGUCGUUGACCCCGUCUUUUGUACGAUUUACAUUGCGGCCUCGCAAGGCUUGUAGCUAAAGCGAUACUCGGUUAUUAAAUGAUUAAUUUUCUCUGCUACGUAAUGUAUAUUUUUUCCUUACUUAAUCAAUGGUAGCCUCAGGGGGCUAUUCCAGAUUCUCCGGAUUGGUUGGCGAACUCACGGGGUUCUAUCUGAGAUUAUUUCCGAAAGCCUGCUCUAGCAAGAGCAGUGCUUCGCUGAAUCUACCACCGGAUCGGAAUCGCGACCCACUGAGAAGAUCCGACGAGAACCUCAGUGGGUGGUGUCUGUGGUUUAUGUAAUGUAUAGGUAAAUAGGUUCCCGUACACCUUGUAUUGUUUUUGUCGACGUUUAUUUCGAGUAAGUUUAUUUUUUUCAAGUAUGUAGCUAUAUUUUUACAUUUGUUCGUAGUUACGUUUCUUCGGAUUACUAUUGUAAGUGCAUUAUUUACACUGUGAUAAAGUGUAAUAAUUGUAGGUCUGAGCGAAGUCUUGACAUGAAUGUAUUGUAGUGCAACUGCGUUAUAUACGUAAGCUACGGUCGUACGGUCAUUGGACGAGGCGUGGAUGUGAAUGCGGGAACAUUUAGGAGUUUUCAUUGAGGGCGCGUAGUGUAAUAAGAGUUGGUCGUCCAAUGAUUCGACAGUGAAAUGAAUAUAUCUUUAUUAUAUUGCCGUGUCUUGUCCUGUGAAAGAUAUGAGGUUUUUAGGUAUCUUGAAGACUGCUAUAUUUCGGGUUUGUCAUAGCUAAUGUUGCCUGUCGGCGUUGUGAAUUGGGGAUCGGUGGAACGUAACGGUUUCCGGAGAGUGAACACUUGAGAUGUGUUUGUGCUUCGGUAUGUCAGUUAUGUCGUCGUGUCUCGAUGUGCGUGGGUGUAAAUAGUUCGAAGUAAUGAAUUCGAUGCGACAGGUGCUUCUUUGCUGAUAAACUUACUACGCUUAAAUUAAUUUUCAUGAUUUACAUUCAAAAUAAUUGAAUGAGCAUUUCAUUGAAUGUAGGGUAAAUCGUACAAUUUUUGGCAAUGUCUUCAUGAUUUAUUCCUAUUUAUUUAUAAAAUUUGAUCUGAACGAAAUCAUUGAGAUCUAAUAUUUUAAUCUCUUAAAAAAAUAAUUGGUUUUUAUUCCUAGUGCAUUCUUCAAUGUCAUUAAUUUUUUUAUUAAAUCUAACCAAUGUAAAGUUUACCCUAUUUUACAAGUACAUUUAUUAUAUUUUAAUUAAAAUAAAAACCUCACAGAUUUUAUUUAUAAAUUGCGAGUAAGAAGAAGCACUCUUACUGUGUAUCGGUCUAAGAGUUGUGUAUUAUCAUUGUUAUAAUCAAUAUUUACUUCCAAGAUAUCACCAACGUGAAAUAAUGGACUACGUAAGUAUGUUAGUGCAAUAAUAAGGCAAAGCCUACAUUAAAGUAAAAAUUUUUGUAACUUAGUACAGUAAUUCUAAAUUAUAAAACGUAUAAUUGUAUUGGCGGUAAGCGAUGGCUCGUAGUCGGGGCGUGUGAGUGUUUCUCGGCCGAUAUAUCGCACCUUUAGGAUAGAAAGUGGCUUAAUAAAAAAAUAUUGUUUUUUGGUCAUCGUCAAAAUAGUAAUUUUUCAAUUUAGUUUUUAAUACUUUUACCCUUAAAGCUUAAGGUAUGCGCUUGAUUUAAAAGAGACAGAAAGUGUAUUUUCUUCUUUUCUAACUAAAAUUUAAAUUACAUUUAAAAUUUUAAAAACGUAAUUAUAUAAACUGUUGGAAUACAUAUUUAUAUGUAGUUCAAAGUAUAAAAAAUCAUUUUCUUAAAAUAUUUUUAUAAGCUGAUGGAAUAUAUAUUUAUAAGUAUUUCAAAGUAUAAAAUCAUUUUCUUAAAAUAUUUUUAUAAGUGAUGGAAUACAUAUUUAUAAGUAUUUCAAAGUAUAAAAUCAUUCUCUUAAUUUUUUUAGUUAAGUCACUUUAAUUCUAAAGAUGCUAUAUCUUAUUUGUAAGUUUGCUUUAUCAUUAUAUUUUGUUAAUCACAUCGCACAUCACAUUCGGUUAUUCGUUAGCUUAUCUUGCUACGGCUUUUAUAUUAUAUGUUUAUGUUACAAGUAAAUAUUUAGAGACGUUUACUGUUUUUUAUACAUAAUAGUAUCUGUGGUCUGGUGCUAAUAGGGUCAAAAUGUCAAUAUUAAUAAUCAUUACUUUUAUAAGCAUUAGAACAAUGAGCCAUCAAUAAUGAAACGUUAUGAAAAAUCGCGAACACAUUGGCCUUUUUUAUAUAUAGGUAUGUAGUAACUUUUUUUAAAGAUCGACUAAUAACCUUUUAGCACAUUAUUAUAUUUAUAAAAUACGUUUUGAAAUAAAUUGGCACUACAAUCGCAUUUUAUACAAAAAUACGUACAUUUUUUUUUCUUUUUUUUUUAUUGCUUACGUACUUUGGUCGUUUUAGCUUCAGCCCACAGAUAUGUCUGAAACGAGAUUCAUUUAUACGUUUGUUAUUUUCAAGUUAGUUUCCAAAUAUAACGAGGCUAGUGUUAUAUCGAUUUACAAACAGCGCCUAGUAUUAAGUUUAUGUACCGGCGGAAAACUGUCCUUUGUCAAGUAUUAUUUAAAACAAAAGAAUCUCUCUCUGUAUUAGAGUGUAAGCUUUCUAGUCAAAAAAUUGAAUUCUUCUUAUAAAUUUGGUCUCGAAUAAUAUAAAUAAAAUAAUACUGGCGGCUAGUUUAGUAUGAGUUUGUGUAUCGUCGGAUUGUGUUGGUGUUUCGGAAAUUAAAAUAAAUUGCAUUUAAUAAAAAUAUGUUUUAGAACUAUUCAUAUUGCUUGAUGAACUCUACACAGAUUUGUUUAAUUGAUACUUUUGAGAGACUGUUGAAUAAAUGUUUACUAUAAUUGUACCGUAAAUAUAAUAUUAAAAACCUCGUCCAACUUCCGUACCUGACCACAACGGUAGUUCUAUUAAAUGAUCUCAUUCCAUAAUUCAUUAAUAUCGUGGAAGUUCGCUAUUUUGAUUACCCAGUUUAUCAAAAGUAUCAAAUUAUUACGUCGUAAAUGAUUUAAGUAUUUCAUGAAAUUUAUAUUACAUUUUUUGAUGUUUUCUCAUAUUAUUUUAUAAAAACGGUAUCAUUGUUCUGUGAUAAAUAAAAUUUAUACACCAAUCGAAUGGGUUGCAAUGUUGGUAAAAAGAUAUGUAAGUACAUUUAUUUCGCAAUACAUAUUAUAAUACGUACGUAUAAUUUUCACUCUAUGUAAUCUUUAUUUUUCAUAUUGAUGAAGAAUUUUGAUCAUACACUUUUUUUUAAUAUUUUUGUGAUCGAGUUGCAUUAGAGACUUUGUUCAAUAUUAUGUUAUUUCUGAUCUGACGGACUUGCCUCGGCACUGGUGGCCUUGCCAUGUUUAAUUUAUUCAGUUGGUUUUAAUAACUGUAAUAUGUAAACGUGUAAUUUAGUGAUGAUAAACAGUGCUUAGAAAUAAAUAAUAUGAAGAGUA